GGACAUUCCCGGUACUGCCGGGUUCAGCAGCUCCCGAAAGUGAAAGGAUCCUGAACCGGGAAGUACCGGGAGUUAACAUGGCUUCGAAAGGACAGGUCGAGAGUUGGACCGAGGAGGUAAUUUGUCCCAUCUGCCUGGAUUUCUUCACCGAUCCGGUGUCACUGGAGUGUGGACACAACUUCUGCCGCUCCUGCAUCACACGGUGUUGGGAAAGGGAGGAGAGAAACUCCUGCCCGGAAUGUAGAGAGGAGUUUGCAGACCGCACCCUUAGGGCCAGUCGGGUGUUAGCAAGACUGGUUGAAAAAGCUCGAAAACUGCACCUGAAUCCGAAAGGGAAGGAAAGUAAACGUUUCUGCGAGGAACAUGAGGAAGAACUGAAGCUGUUUUGUGAGACGGACAAGACUCUGAUCUGCCUGAUCUGUAGAGAUGCGCGGGAACACAAGUCUCACAACUUCAUGCCGGUUAAAGAAGCCGUUAACAUUUACCAGGAUCGGGUUAAAUCUUCCUUGGACUCUCUCACAAAAAGACAAGCAGACUUCCAGGAAAUGGAGCAGCAACAGAAAGAAAAGAUUUCUGGAGUUCGGGAACAGUCACAAAGUGUUCAGUCCCAGAUAACAUCCUAGUUUGAUGAACUGCGCCGGAUUAUCACCUAGAAAGAGCAGCGUGCACUCCGAGAUAUCAGAGAAGAAGAGGAGAGGAUUCUAAAUCCAAUGGAGAAAAAUCUUCAAGUAAUUCAAGAGAAUUUAAAUGCCAUCUACAAGGAAAUCUCAAAGUUACAGGAACAGAUGGAUCAACAAGACAAUAUCAUAUUCCUCAUGGUGAGAGAUUUCAGUUUGGUCCUGUAAAAGUACAUAGUCACAAAAUGAUGUAUUCUAACUCAGUGUGGGAUUUACUGAUACUGGAGUUGUAAACUGAUUGAAACCAGAUGGAUGUUUUGACUAUUCAGGGUUGUUGUCUCCAAACCGGCCUCUCACAACAUCUGUACAUCGCUGGACAGUCUGCAUUAUUCUCGGGAAUGUUUACUCUGAUCGUCGCACUGAGCCAGUGAUCACUUCUGUGAUUCCCACGUAUAAUAUCCCCUAAGACUCAGAGUAACAUCCCAUUGCAGUCACAGACUGUGAGUGUGUCUGGUGCAGUGGGUGUGAGGGUCUCUCUGUUGAUCAGUGGGAACUGAAGUUGAAUUCCAGAAUGUGACCUACACAUUGGAUUUACCAUCUAUAUCUGGUUUGUAUCAGGUUCAUUGUUUUGGAGAAUUUUGCACUGUCUUUUGUUUUUCAGAAAUAUUCUUCAUCAGAUUAUAUCCCAUUUUCAUCAGAGACAGGACUUUCUGUCCAUUCUCUCCUAUCAGUUUCCCUGGUGCACAAGCCUCCUCCCACCUACUCACCACACCCAGUAACAGUGUCCCCAACUCCAUGGUCCCUCAUUACAUUCAAUCUCUGCUGUUCCACUUCAGCCAUUCCUGUAGCAGUGAGUUCCACAU